AUGGCCGAUCCCCUCUCGAUCCCGACCGGCCGUCGCCGGCCUUCCGCCCGCGAGGCCGGCCCCUGCUCGCGCCUUCCAGCCUCCCCAGGCCUCAUCCACGACCGGCCGCCGCCUUCCGCCGGUCACCGCGCCGCCGUGUCUAGUUGGGUGCUGAACGAGAGCCCAAGUAACCAAAGGGCCGCCGUGCCGCCGCCGGCCUCCUCCAACCCCACUGCAGCUAGGCAGCGGCCUCCGGCUCCCUUAGUACUACGUGGGGAGGCACCCGCCGCCGCAGUACGUCACCGGCUCCACCGAGCCGGUGCCGGGCGUGCCCAGACCCGCCGGCGUCCUACCUCCUCGCCGCCGGCCGCCAGGUGCACCUACCGGCCCUACCGCUCGCCGCCGCUCGCCCUCCAGCGGCCUCCGGCACCCUCCUGCGCGCCGACCGCCCCUUUGCCGCCACCGCGCGCCUCCGUCCCUAGUGGGUCCGAGCUGGACCCACUAACGGCGACCGGCGUCCCUCGAGCCCGUCGAGGCCGCCCCGCGCCCCUGCCGCCUCCGGCCGCCCCUGACGCGGCCCUUACCCAGAGCCGGCUCCCUUUCCGAAGGAUCCCACAGAACCUGUAA